GUCAACUCCUUGUAAGAUCAAAAUUUUCCCUUUUCAUCAUCUUCUUCUUCGAUCUUCCUUUCUCUCAUUUUCGCUUCCUUUCAAUCACUUUCUCCCUCAUUUUCUCACACAUACAAACAUAUCUACAGUAAUUCACGUUUCCAGCUUCAACCAUGGAGGAAAAGUACGCGCCCUUCGAAUCCGCCUCCGGAGAAUCCAACGGCGUCUCUUCCGUAUCUCACAACGCUGAUCACGGCUGGCAGAAGGUUACCUACGCUAAAAAACAGAAGAAGAAGGACGCUAACGGCAUCGCCAGUUCCGAUUCCCGUGCCAAUUCCAACAAACUCACCUUCAACGGAAACGACGUCGUCUUCCGGUCGCUCGAACUGCAGUCGGAGGAUCGGCGCCGCCGCAUUCUCGAGGCUCGAGCGGCGGCAGAUGCCGAAUUUGAUGAUGCUCCGGUCAGAUCGAAGCAGCGGUCACGUGAUUAUGAUGAUGACUAUGAUGAGGACGACGAAGAUCGUUCAGCGGAGAACGGGAAAGCGGAGGAGGUGAAGAAGGUGAAGCAGAAGAAGCCGAAGAAGCCUAAGGUCACGGUGGCAGAGGCUGCGGCAAAGAUUGACGCGGCUGAUCUGGAGUCUUUUCUCGUUGAAAUAUCGGCAUCGUUCGAGCAGAAAGAGGAUAUACAAAUGAUGCGGUUUGCGGAUUAUUUUGGACGUGCUUUUUCUGCUGUGACCGCUUCUCAAUUUCCCUGGGUGAAAUUGUUCAGGGAGUCAGCUGUUGCUAAGAUUGUUGAUGUGCCACUUUCUCACAUAUCUGAUGUUGUAUAUAAGACAGCAGCUGACUGGGUUAACCAUCGAUCUCCUGAGGCACUUAGUUUCUUUCUUCUUUGGUCUCUGGAUAGUAUUCUUGCCGACUUGGGUAGCCAGCAAACAGUGUCCAAGGGUUCCAAAAAGGCUGUGCAACAAGUAACUUCAAAAUCUCAGGUUGCAAUCUUUGUUGCUUUAGCGAUGGUAUUGCGCCGGAAGCCCGAUGCUCUUAUUACUGUAUUGCCCACAUUGAGGGAGACUUCAAAAUAUCAAGGACAAGAUAAACUUCCGGUGAUUGUAUGGAUGAUUGCUCAGGCAUCAGUUGGAGAUCUUUCAGUAGGUUUGUAUGCUUGGUCACGGAAUCUCCUACCUAUAGUGGUUAGCAAAAGUGGCAACCCCCAAUCCAGAGAUUUGGUUUUGCAGCUUGUGGAAAAGAUUUUGUCUGCCCCUAAAGCACGGCCUAUUUUGGUUAAUGGUGCUGUAAGAAAGGGGGAACGAUUAAUUCCUCCUCCAGCAUUUGAAACUUUGAUCCGGGUUACUUUCCCAUCUUCAACUAGAGUGAAGGCUACAGAAAGAUUUGAGGCCAUAUACCCCACUCUGAAAGAGGUGGCUCUUGGUGGUUCUCCUGGAAGUAAAGCAAUGAAACAAGUCUCACAGCAGAUAUUCAGUUUUGCUAUUAAAGUAGCCGGAGAAGACAAUCCUGCAUUAUCAAAAGAAGCAGCUGGUAUUUUGAUUUGGUGUUUGAGCCAAAGCACUGAAUGCUACAAGCAGUGGGAAAAAGUUUAUCAGGACAACAUUGUAGCAAGUGUUGCGGUUUUGAAGAAGCUUUCUGAUGAUUGGAAGGUGCAAGCUACGAAAUUGUCUCCCCAUGAGCCACUGAGGGAGAUCCUAAAGAAUCUCAGGCAAAAGAAUGAGAAAGCAUUGGCUACUGAGACUGAUGGUGCUCGUCAAGCACUCUUCAAGGACGCAGAUAAAUAUUGUAAGAUAAUCUCAGGCAGAGUUUCACAAAGCAAUGGGUGCAAGGCAUGUUUGACCUUCACUGUUCUUGCUUUGGCUGUUGGUGCUGCUGUUUUCUACCCCAACAUGGAAUCCGUGGGUUUUAAGAAACUCUCUGUACUUUUCAACUCCCAGUUCUGAGCACUUGGAGAAUAUUCUGUAUUACCGGCAGUUGGUUGCGUCAUAUAGCGAUUUUCUCGUCAGCUCAUGUCAACCACAAUGGGUACAGCAAACUAAUUGCCUCGUAAUAAAGUGCAUCAUUCGGAGGUUGUACACUUAGGUCAAAUCUUGUUCAGACGAUACAGAAUAGUUGAGGUCAAUGCUACUUUGAGGUUUACUUUAGUUUGACCAUUUUAUAAUUUAUUUGAUGUUCUUGCUUCUGUUGAGUCUUAAAAUUUUAGUGAUCUUAUGCCCUUACAUCACCAUGCUGGCAAAAUGCCAAUGAGGCAACUACACACCUGUACUCUGAAGUUAAUUUAGUUGAAUCAAAAGGAAUUUUGAUGAUACAUUGCGAAGUUUUUUAUUGCUCUUGCACUAUUUUU